AUGGCAAAGCUUGUCAUUUACCAGUUGAAAUGGAAUAUCUCUCUACUUGGGCCGUCAAGGAGAUCAAAUAUGGAUUUAGAAGCGGCCGGUGAAGCGAGACUUCUUCAAUUGAAUGAGCUAGAUGAACUACGGUUUGAAGCUUACGAGAAUCAUAGGCUCUAUAAGGAGCAAACGAAGAAGUUUCAUGAUAAGAUGAUUCAAAAACGGGAGUUCAACAUCGGUGAUAAGGUCUUGCUUUAUAAUUCACGACUACGGCUUUUUCCAGGAAAGCUUAAGUCUAGAUGGUCCGGACCUUUUACCAUCACCGAAGUCAAGGAACAUGGAGCUAUUGAGGUUGCUAGUGAAAAUGGAACCAAGUUUAAAGUGAACGGUCAACGUUUGAAGCUAUACACUGAAGGGGUGUUUAUUGGAAAAUUGGAGACGAUCUAUCUCUCCGAUCCACCCACCGACGCUUGA